AUGGAGUACGACACGAUGAUGAUGGACAACGAGUCCCUGGGCCCGUCUGUCAAGAUCUCGGAAGCGGACAACAUGCAUGUCAACUUCGAACUCACAAAUGUGGACAUUUCCUUUGCAAACUCGUUGCGCCGCGUGAUCCAAGCAGAAGUGCCGACCAUAGCCAUUGAUCUCGUCGAGUUCGCAGUCAACUCCUCCGUCCUGGCUGAUGAAUUCAUUGCUCACAGACUGGGACUCAUUCCUCUCGAUUCGCGACAAAUCGAUGACCUGAACUACUCCCGCGACUGCGAUUGCGACCAGUACUGUGAACGAUGCAGUGUCACACUCACGCUGCAUGCCAAGUGCACAUCCGACGAGGUCAUGAAGGUGUACGCUCGAGACUUGAUCGUGAGUCACGACAGACCGAACAAUCAGAUUGGCAACCCAGUCAUCAUGGACCCCGAUGGCCUUGGACCGUUGAUCUGCAAGCUGCGCAAGGACCAAGAGCUGCAGAUUAACUGUAUAGCAAAGAAAGGUAUUGCGAAGGAGCAUGCGAAGUGGGCACCUACUGCUGCUGUUGGGUUUGAAUACGACCCGCAUAACAAAUUGCGUCACCUGGACCUGUGGUACGAAAUAGAUGCUGAAAAGGAAUGGCCAAAGAGUCAGUAUGCGGCAUGGGAGGAACCACCCCAGGAAGGCGAAGUGUUUGACUACGAUGCUGUUCCGUCACGAUUCUACUUCGAAGUCGAAAGCGCUGGCAACAUCGAGCCCGACACUAUCAUUCAGGAGGGAAUCAAAGAGCUGCAGCGCAAGUUGGCCGGCCUGAUUCACGGCUUGGGCGAGACCGAUGGCAUGAACGGAGACUAUGACGGGCCACGAAGUCCGGAUCAAAAUAUGGACGGAGGGUCUGGAUGGCAGGAUCAGGGUUUCACCACGCCCUAUGGUAAUGCCGGUAAUCAGAGUUCUUGGGGUGGGUCUGCCACUGCGUAUGGCACGACGCCGUAUGGAAACUCUGGCCAGGGUGGUUGGUAA